UCACUGAAAACUGUCAAAACGCCUUCAUCUCGUCGUUCGCGAAGUACUACUCGCUCGCCAGAGAUACAUCAAUCGUUGUGACGUGGUGAAAAUUUUCGACCGGAGAUUUCUGUCGGUGCCAGUGGAAUUUUGCGCAACUUUCGGGUCCCUGUUCGGUGCAACUUGUGUCCCGCACGGUUCCUCACAAUCUAGGUGGACGCUGGACGGCGAAAUUUGUCGGUGAAACUCGCUGAAAAUGAGCUCUUUCAAGAGAGACAAAAAAGAAGAGGAGGAAGGCGGUAGCAACCCCUUCACAAACCUGGAGAAAACGUCCGUGCUGCAGGAAACGCGGAUGUUUAACGAGACCCCGGUCAAUGCCCGCAAGUGUACCCACAUCCUGACGAAGAUUCUGUAUUUGAUUAAUCAGGGAGAACAACUGGGUUCCAGAGAGGCCACCGAAUGUUUCUUCGCCAUGACCAAGUUGUUCCAAUCGAAGGACGUCAUUAUGCGCCGGAUGGUUUACUUGGGCAUCAAGGAGCUGAGUCCCAUUGCGGAGGAUGUGAUUAUCGUGACCAGUUCGUUGACCAAGGACAUGACCGGCAAGGAGGAUUUGUAUCGAGCCCCGGCCAUCCGUGCGCUGUGCAGUAUCACAGAUAAUACGAUGCUGCAGGCAGUGGAACGUUACAUGAAACAAUGCAUCGUCGAUAGGAAUGCUCCGGUUUCGAGCGGAGCGUUGGUCAGUGCCCUUCAUUUGGCCAGCACUGCCGGGGACGUUGUCAAACGGUGGGCAAAUGAGGCCCAGGAAGCGUUGAACAGCGACAAUAUUAUGGUGCAGUAUCAUGGAUUGGGACUGUUGUACCACAUCCGUAAGGCGGACCGUUUGGCCGUCACUAAGCUGGUGAACAAGCUGACGAAGCAGAAUCUGAAGAGCCCCUAUGCCGUUUGCUUCCUGAUUCGAAUUGCAUGCAAAAUCAUAGAAGAGGAAGAUGCUGCGGGUAACUCCAAUGCCGAAUCUCCGCUGUUCGAUUUCGUGGAAUCUUGUCUGAGGAACAAGAGUGAAAUGGUCGUAUAUGAAGCUGCCCACGCUUUUGUCAAUUUAAAGAGGACCAACCCACGAGAGCUUUCAACGGCGGUCAGCAUCCUGCAGCUAUUCUGUGGAUCUUCAAAAGCAACUCUGAGAUUUGCUGCCGUGAGAACGAUGAACAAAGUGGCUAUGCUUCACCCACCUGCUGUAAACGUGUGUAAUCUCGACUUGGAAGGCCUGAUUGCGGAUUCGAAUCGCUCUGUUGCCACUUUGGCCAUCACUACAUUACUCAAAACCGGUGCGGAGAGUUCAGUUGAGCGUCUCAUGAAGCAAAUUGCCACAUUCGUAGCAGAAAUCUCCGACGAGUUCAAAGUGGUCGUCGUUCAAGCUAUUCGAGCGCUUUGCUCUAAAUUCCCCCGCAAGCACGGUGUCAUGAUGAACUUCCUCAGCGGAAUGCUUCGCGAAGAAGGAGGCCUAGAGUACAAAACUUCCAUCGUCGAUACGAUCAUACUGAUUAUUGAGGAAAACCCCGAAGCUAAAGAGUCAGGCCUAUCGCAUCUGUGCGAAUUCAUUGAAGAUUGUGAGCACACCUCUUUGGCUGUUCGUAUUCUGCACCUCCUGGGCAAGGAGGGUCCAUAUUCAAAGUUACCCUCGCGUUACAUUCGAUUCAUCUACAAUCGAGUCAUUCUGGAGAACGCAACCGUUAGAGCCGCAGCAGUUGCUGCCAUUGCUCAGUUUGGAGCAUCCUGUCCGGAUCUGCUGCCUAAUGUGUUGGUGCUGCUGAAUCGCUGCCAAAUGGAUUCGGAUGACGAAGUUCGCGAUAGAGCCACCUACUACUACACGAUCUUGUGCAAGAGCAAUCCCGAGCUGAACAAAUCGUACAUAACGGAAAAUGGUAUGGUGUCGCUGCCGCUGUUGGAGAAAUCGCUGAAGGAACACCUGAAUGGACCGCUGACGGAGAAGUUCGAUAUAUCCGUUGUACCGAAAUCGCAAACCGUGCAACCGGAGGUCACCGAUGAAGUUAUGAUCAUGAACAAUGCUGUCCCGAAGAUUCCGCGCAUCACGCGCGAAGAGGCCAACACCGAGAAACUGCUGCAGAUUCCUGGCAUCCACCGACUCGGUGCCCUCCACAAAUCGUCGCCCCCGGUGCAGCUCACGGAAAGCGAAACGGAAUAUACGGUAUCCUGCAUCAAACACUGCUUCGGACAUCAUGUCGUAUUCCAGUUCGACUGCGUUAACACCCUGUCGGACCAACUGCUGGAGAACGUCCGAGUCGAUCUGGUUCUACCGGAUGGCUUUGUAACGCGAGCAGUCAUUCCCUGCCCGAAGCUACCCUAUGGCGAAAAGGAAGCCACCUAUGUUAUCGUAGAAUUCCCACCGGAUUUGCCCAACUCAAUUGCUGCAUUUGGUGCUACCCUGAGGUUUAUCGUGAAGGAUUGCGAUCCAACCACAGGGCUGCCCGACUCGGAUGAGGGAUACGAUGAUGAGUACAUGUUGGAGGACAUCGAAAUUACCGUGGCCGACCAGAUACAGAAGGUCAAGAAGCAGAACUUCAACGCUGCUUGGGACAGUGCAGAUACUGAAGAAUGGGUUGAAGCAGAGGAUACCUUUGUGUUGUCGACCGUCAGCAGUUUACAGGAAGCGGUGAAUACGAUUCUAAAAUUCCUUGGUCUUGCCCCUGCCAAUCUGUCGGAGAAGGUUGCCGACGGUGCCCACACGCAUCAGCUGCUGUGCUCAGGCACAUUCCGUGGUGACGUAGAAGUGAUGGUUCGCGCCAAGCUGGCCGUCUCGGAUGGCGUAACGAUGCACCUAACCGUACGAUCAACGGACUCGGACGUGGCAGAAUUAAUUACUUCCGCUGUGGGUUAAACAAAACAAAAGGAUCAUGCGUUAGUGCGCACCGGGAUCAUGCAUCAACUAAGCACACUCUCACAUACAUACACAGAGACCGAUAACUGCAUACUCUUACUUAUCCUUCCUCCCCCAAAAUCACACAGACACACACACGAACACUAACUUAACUGUAGUGCAACUGAUAAUGAGAGUUUGUUCUUUUAUGUUAUAAACAUUGAAAAGUAUCUAUACACACAUACAUGCCGCCGAUGAUGGUGGUUUAUAUUAGCGUUAAGUUUUCUUUUCGUCGGCAUUCGUUAGUGACUAUGUUAGAAGAAAAAGAAGGGUUGAAGAAAAAGUUAUAAAAAGAUACUAGAUUGAGCAGUCAAACCACAUUCAAUAGAUUUACAAAGGGCACUUGUAUGCCAUUGGAAUCAACCAACAUUAAAAGUAUAUGAGUAUAAAUGACGAGUAUAAUAUGAUGGAACGAAUAUGUGAAUAACUGUAUUAGUAACUAUGCUGAAUGAUGAAAGUUAUAAUAAAUCAUUUUCUUUUAAUCAGAAAAUAGA